AUGUUGUCCCGUGCUGGCCACUAUCUGGCGUCCGCCGGACGUCGGACGUUCUCACAGUCUGCGGCCCGACGCAACUAUGAGUCUACUAUUAAGAACCUCCUCAUUAACAAGGAUACCAAGGUGUUGUGUCAGGGUAUCACCGGAAAGACUGCUACCUUCCAUGUGAAGGAAGCCCUAGAAUAUGGCACCAACAUGGUCGCUGGCGUGUCACCGCACAAGGUCGGACAGACUCAUCUCGGAAUCCCGGUGUUCGGUUCAGUCAAAGACGCGGUCCGCGAUACGCAUCCCGAUGCCUCUAUUCUUUAUGUACCCCCGCCAUUCGCCGCCGACGCGAUCCUUGAAGCUAUCGAAAAUGAGAUCGGCUUGAUUGUCUGCAUUACGGAGGGUAUCCCUCAGGCCGACGAGAUCAAGGUCAUGAAUGCGCUGAAAAGCCAAUCAAAAUCCCGUCUCGUCGGACCAAACUGCCCUGGGAUCAUCAACCCACUGGGUUGCAAGAUGGGUAUUCAGCCCGGACACAUUCACAAACCUGGCAAUAUUGGGAUCGUUUCCCGCUCAGGUACCCUCACAUACGAGGCUGUCGCCCAGACCACGGACGUAGGGCUGGGCCAGACGCUCUGCGUCGGUAUUGGUGGCGAUCCAUUCCCUGGUACCAAGCAUGUUGAUGUGAUCAAACUCUUCAUGGAAGAUGAUAAGACCGAGGGUAUCGUAAUUAUUGGCGAGAUCGGUGGUUCCAUGGAGGAGGAGGCUGCUGAUUAUUUGGAGAGGUACAACAAGACUCGUGCCAAGCCUAAGCCUGUCGUCAGUUUCAUAGCUGGACGUACUGCACCUCCGGGCCGACGCAUGGGACAUGCAGGUGCUAUUAUAUCGGGUGGAAAGGGUGCCGCGUCAGACAAAGUUGCUGCUCUCGAGAGGGCCGGUUCGAUUGUAACCGCCAGUCCAGCCGAGAUUGGCCCAGUACUCUUGAAGGCUAUGCAAGAUGCUGGUCUCGCAUAG